UUGUUUUCAGGAAGAAAGCGAAAUGGGUAUCAAAGGAGUUGGACUGUUGCUCAUCCUAAUUUUCUCCCACCUUUGCUUUCCUGCAUCUCCUUCUCCCUCAACUCAUCGGCACACCAUCUUCCCAUCAGUUCCUUUGCAGGAAAACAACUUCCGAGAAGGAGUAGCAGAUGAAAAAGGCAGUGGUGCUAAAGAGGGAAGACACCAGGUGAUACACAGCAUUAAGAUCGGCCAUGGUCAUGGUGCUGCUGGUGGUGGGGGUGAAGCAGUGGCUAGCCGAUCACCUGGCAGCACCAGUAACGGAGAAACUGGAAACAAUGGCGAAUCUACUACAACACCUACAUCUCAGGGAGGCACAGCAGUUAUUCCAGUAUACACCGCUGGUGCUGUGAACAACCACCGCCCUAAUGCGCACCAUGGUGCGGCUAGCCCCAACCAGCAAAGCUUAGGACCACUCAACCUAUGUGCAUCUGUCUUGGCAAUUCUUGUUUUGCACGUAUAUUUAGUGUGUGGAAACUAGAUUCAGCCAGCUGCAGCGAACAAGAAAGUGAUGGUCUAGGAUGUAUAGAAUACUGUUGUUGUUCCUUUGUAAUGUCUUUCGUUCAGUUUUUCCCUGUGGAUGCUACGAAAAUACUACAUCUUGUAUUAGUCUUUUGUGUAUAUUCCCCUCAUGUUAUAUAGUCAUGUAAGAGUAGAUCAUCCUACUUGUUCAUGCAACCGAUGCAAGGUUGGAAAAGCGGCCUAGAUAUGUUAGCUUGCAGAAAAGCCAAAUUUGCUUUCGACUU